CCCCCGUUAAAACCACCCACCGACCCAUUAGCAAAAUUUGCGUAUGAAAAACCACCCACCGACCCAUUAGCAAAAUCAAUCACAGAAGCUGCUGGGUUUGUUUCAAUUGAUGAUCUUUUCAUCUUUCGUUGGUAGGUUUGUUUCCAUUUGUCAUCCCUGCGAUUCAAGAUUACCUGCAAAAGUCUCCGCCAUUGAUGCUUUCGAGAAGAAACUUAGAUAUCAGUUAUUACAAGAGACUGCGGUUCUUGGUUCGCCCAAUCUGAAAUUACUGAACAAAAGAUCGGAUUUUGUGAUGGGGAUGAAGAGGGUUUUGUGAAGAACUUGCUAAUACAGAUUCUUGAAACGCAGUAAUGGUUUCCAACAAUGCAACUUGCGAUGGAAGCCUCUCAUCAACCGAUUUCCAAAUUGUUGCCAAUGCUUUCGCUGAGAAGUGGAAGAAGUUUAAUUCGGAUUUUCCUGAAUGGUUAUGGAUUGAUUGCUCAAACAGACUAGGGUUCGCAGCUCAUGGAGUCAGCGACGGAUAUUUGUCUGUACAAAAUGUGUUCUUUAAAGUUCAAAGUUCUCUCAAGGAAGAACAUGGUGAAUGCAGUUCAAACGAUUAUGAAGAACCGUUUGAUAAUGCCACUUUGGUGCAGAGCACUAGCGAUGAUGGACAUUGGUAUGAUUUCCACAUAGUAUACAGCUCUUCAUACAAUGUUCCGGUGCUCUACUUUCGUGCACACAGUAGUGACGGACAACUUUUGAACCAAGAUGAAAUUGAAAAGAAUCUACCAACAGAAUCCGCCAAGGUGCUAACAGAAUCCAAAUGGACCUUCAUAACUCAACAAGAGCACCCGUACUUGAAUAGACCAUGGUACACGCUACAUCCAUGUGGAACAAGUGAGUGGAUGAAGCUACUCCUUGCUGGUGAGAAUUCGACAGCCGAAAAUAGGGCCGAGCAAUACUUGAUAUCAUGGUUUUCAGUGGUUGGCCAAGUUUUUGGUCUGAAAUUGCCCUUAGAUAUGGUAAAAAGCGAUGGUUAACCAUGUAUAAAUAAUAAGUUGGUUUGUUAUUUGCUUACAGAAUCACAUAACUAACACAAAUAUGGUUCUAUAUAAUUAAUCUACUCUUUUAUUUCUGGUGAA